AUUCGUUUGCCUCAUAUCCCCUGAACGGUUACGGUUGACAUUUCAGAGAUUAUUUGUUUGUAGCCUUCCGGAAUUUUUCCUUACUUGUAAUGAGCUGUUGCUGUGGUUUCGCCAUAUCUGGAGGUAUCAAAGAUGAUACUUUUGUUUAAGAAGUUAUUCAUUUUUGAAAUGGAUCCUAGCUGAGCUGUUAACAUUGCUCCAUACUUUUGUAUAUGCUGUUGACAUGUUUGCUUCAAGUCGAGAUGUUGAUCAGAUCUAUGAUUUUGAUAGCGAGGAAAAUGCUGGGAAAUGGAAAUGCCUCCUUUUAAGUGCUUUAGCAAAGGUCCAAUUUCAAGUUCACCCCUCUUUAACAGCAAAAGAUGAUGCCUUGAGAUAUGUCGAAACAUUAAUAUUUCGUCUCUUGGGCAUGUUGUGUGCUGCACAGCCCCACACUGUUCAGGAUGUGGAAGAGCGGGUGCAGAAAACAUUUCCACACCCUAUUGACAAAUGGGCUAUUGGUGAUGCUCAGAAUGCCAUAGAAAAAGGAAAGAAGAAAUCUCCUCUUGUUUUGCCAGUGGAAAAGAUUCAUCCUCUUUUGCAAAAGGAGAUUUUGGGGUAUAAGGUAGACAUACAAGUAACUCAGUACAUUGUAGCUGUAUUGGAAUAUAUAUCAGCUGACAUACUAAAGUUGGCAGGAAAUUAUGUUAAAAACAUUCGUCAUGUUGAAAUUACUUGUCAAGAUAUUAAAGUUGCCAUGUGUGCUGAUAAGGUUCUCAUGGACAUGUUUUACCAAGAUGAAGAUGUAGCAUUAAGCAUUGAAGAAGAACCAACUCGAAGAACAUCAUUAACUUAUGAUGAAGUUGUGAAGGAUCUUAUUCAUGAAGAAAAACAAUAUAUCAGAGAUCUAAAUAUGAUAAUUAAAGUUUUUAGGGAGCCUUUUGCUGAAAUAUUUCCAAAGAGUAAAGAUUUAGACAUAAUAUUUAGUAACAUUUUGGAAAUAUAUGAUUUUUCUGUUUCGUUAUUGGGCACUUUUGAAGAUGCCCUGGAAAUGGCAGAAGAAAAUCGUAACCCUUCUAUAGGAGCUUGUUAUGAAGAAUUAGCAGAGUAUCAAGAAUUUGAUGUAUAUGACAAAUAUGCUCAUGAUAUACUGAUGCCUGAAAGCAAAGAUAAGUUAAUGUCAUUGUUACAGCUACCUAAUGUUCGGCAUGCAUUACAGAGUGCUGGCCAUGGCUUUACUCAGGCUGUGAAAUAUGUUUUGCCAAAAUUGCUAUUAGGACCAGUAUUUCAUUGUUUUCAGUAUUUUGAUUUUUUAAAGAUGUUAAAAAAGCUUACACCUUCUGCUGAAGAUCGUGAAAGUUUGGAACAAGCAGAAGGAGUUUUCCAACCCUUAAAAGCCGAAUUGGAAAGGCUUUGCAGCAAUAUAUUGCCAAAACGCAAACAAGGCGAAGCAUUUUCACGAAUGUACUCUAGAACUAACCGUCAAGCUUCCAUCCAAAAAAUGAAUGAACUUCAGAGAAGUAUUGAUGGCUGGGAAGGAAAGGAUAUUGGUCAAUGUUGCAAUGAUUUUGUAAUGGAUGGUAUUCUUGGAAAAGUUGGUUCUGGUCGCCGUUUAACAGAAAGACAAGUAUUUCUGUUUGAUGGAUUGAUGAUCCUGUGCAAGCCAAAUAAUAAACGCUCAAGUGUUACAGGCCCAGUAGCUGAAUACCGCUUUAAAGAAAAAUAUUACCUCAGAAAAAUAGAAAUUAUUGAUCGAGAAGAUACAGAUGAACUGAAAAAUGCAUUUGAAAUUGCUCCACGUGACCAGUUGCAUAUUAUAUUAUUUGCCAAAACUGCGGAAGAAAAAAGCAACUGGAUGGCAAAUUUAAUUAUGUUAAAUACAAAAAGUAUGUUAGAACGAACUCUUGAUAGCAUUUUAUUGGAUGAAGAAAAGAAACACCCUCUUCGACUCCCUUCUCCGGAAGAAUAUAGAUUUGCUGUGGAAGACUCUGAAGCAAAUAUAAUUUUUGAAGAAAAUAAAUCUAAUGCUGGUGGACCAAUUAUAAAAGGAGCAACACUUCUAAAACUUGUUGAAAGAUUAACUUACCAUAUGUAUGCUGAUCCAAUGUUUGUACGCACAUUUCUAACAACAUAUCGGUCUUUCUGCCAACCAUCAGAAUUACUUGAUCUCUUGAUUGAAAGGUUUGAGAUAACAGAUCCUCCACCACCACCUGCACUUUCUGAUGGAUCAUUAGAAGGAACUGAUAUAGAAAAUUACAAAAAUUCCUACAGGGAAGAUUUAAAACGCUUCAGAAAAGAAUACUGUCAGCCAGUGCAAUUUAGAGUUUUAAAUGUACUUCGACAUUGGGUAGAUCAUCACUUUUAUGAUUUUGAGAGAGAUCCAUCUUUGCUAUCAGCUCUUCGAGCAUUUCUAGAGAAAGUAAAAGGCAAAAGCAUGAGAAAGUGGGUUGAAUCGAUUAACAAAGUGGUUAUGCGACGUUUGGAAUCGGUAGAAGAACCUCGUGAGAUCACUUUCGGCUUUGAAAAAAUUCCACCACCCAUUGAAUGGUUUUUAAACAACACUUAUGAAAAGUUUGAUUUAUUAACUUUACAUCCCAUUGAAAUAGCCCGGCAACUAACUUUAUUAGAAUUUGAACUUUAUCGGAGUGUGAAACCUUCUGAAUUGGUUGGAAGUGUGUGGACCAAAAAAGACAAAAUGAAAACAUCUCCAAAUUUGUUAAAAAUGAUCCAUCAUUCUUCUAAUUUUAGUUUUUGGCUGAUGAAGUGCAUUGUGGAAACGGAAAGCUUUGAGGAGCGUGUUGCAGUUGUCUCUCGGGUAUUAGAAAUUAUGAUGGUAUUGCAAGAAUUAAAUAACUUCACAGGGGUGCUUGAAGUUGUUGGUGCAAUGAAUUCUGCCUGUGUGCAUCGGCUUGAACAUACUUUAAAUAAUGUGAAAUAUAGCUUGAAAAAGGCAUUAGAAGAAGCACAAGAACUGAACUCGGAUCAUUUUAAAAAGUACCAGGAGAAGUUAAGGUCUAUUAAUCCACCAUGUGUUCCUUUCUUUGGUAUGUACUUAACUAAUAUUCUUCAUAUUGAGGAAGGAAAUCCUGACUUUUUGCCAAAUUUCGAAGGUUUAGUAAAUUUUAGUAAAAGACGUAAAGUUGCAGAAAUUACUGGUGAGAUUCAGCAAUAUCAGAAUCAACCUUAUUGCCUUACUGUUCAACCUGAUAUAAAGAGGUAUCUGGAAAAUCUCGAUCCUCUUGAGGGAAGGACAGAAAAAGCAUUCAAUGAUUAUUUGUAUAAUAAAUCCCUUGAGAUUGAACCUCGUGGGUGUAAGCAACCACCAAAAUUCCCUCGUAAAUGGCCUGAUUUACCUUUGAAAUCUCCUGGUAUAAAGCCAAAAUUAUCCCGUUCUGGCCAUCAUCCAACUAGCUUGCCAUCAGAUUCUCGUAGUUUUAGCAUAAGUAGUCAGCAAAUCAAUCAGGAUGAUGAAGAUGGGCAGUCAUGUAUGGCAACACCUCCAAAUAAUCCUUCAACACCUUUAACUCCACCCUUUUCUGGUGGGGGCUUGAAUAGUGACCAUAGUGUAUUUGCUCCUGUAAUGAUUGGAGGUGGUCCUAUUAUACAAGAAAUACCAAGCAGUUAUCCUUCAAGUCCAUCUUAUGCUUCUAGUGCUGCACCACUGCCACCACCUCCCCCAUUACCAAGUCCUCCUCCUUUACCUCCACGCAGGAAAAGAGAGUCAUCUGUUGGAGAUACUUCACCACGUACUAAGCAAGCCAUAGAUGCACCUCUUUUACCACCACGGGAAACAAGCCCUCCACCGCUUCCUCCAAGAAGGGACUUAGCAGGUGGUUCAGGAACACUUCCACGCAUGCAUUCUGCCUCUAACUUUCCUCCUGUGCAUAGACCAGUGGGCAGUUGGAGCAAUUCUAGUGAUGUGACUUUGCCAAGAAGAAAUUCUGCCUUAGAUGUGGCCAACAUACCCCAGACUACUCCCAGACGCUUAUCACAAUCAUCAUUAAACGAUUCUUCUCCUUCUACAAGUUCACAUUUUACAUUAUCUUCAGUCCCGGUGGCCCAUCAUACGUCAGUUGGAGUGUUAGACAGUGCUAUUACUUUAUUACCUCCACCACAUUCUAGUAGAUCUACACCCCAACUGCCUCCAAAAACACAUAGACAGACUCUUCUAAUGAAUAACCAUGCUCCAAGGUAGCCAUUGCUAUAUCUUAGCCAUAAAUUAAAGAAAUUGUCAUAUAGUGUAUAUGUAUAUACAAGCUAUUUUUCCUAGAAUCAAAAUAAGCAAAGUUUCAGAAGAGAUUUUUUUUUUUUUUUUUUUUUUUUUUGGAACAUGAAGUACUGGUGUUAAUAUUUCAUUUGUACAUACUACAUAUAUAUGUGUAUAUAAUGCAUCUAAAUAUCAUUUCAUUAAUUUUAGGAGAAAUGUGAUUCCUUUAUAAUUACUAGGACUUGAAACUUUAGAUGCAAAAUUUUGAUCAUGUUAAGGAGAAAAAAAGAUGCUAGAAAAUAACAAAAUAAAUUGAUGAUUAAAUGGAAAUUUACUAAUCCCUCCCCUUAUAUUAAAAUACAGUGUAACAGGCCUGUAGUUAUAUAGCCAAUGUUUAGUAAUAGAAUCCUUAUCUUUAUCAUCUCCUGCUUCAGCUUCUUCAGAAAAAAAAAAAAAAAAGUGAAUAAAUAUUGCUGAAUUACAUUUUAUUUUUUAUGUUGAUAUAUUCAAAACUUAUCAUUUAUCGGCCAGAAAAUUUUUGUGUAUUAAAAAAUUGACCUCACCAUAAAUCUUUAUACUAUGAAGGAAAGCUUGAGAGAGGUCAAAAUUUAUAAUUACAGUGUCUUUCCAUUUGUAAUUAAUAAUUUUUUUAAUCCAAACUCUUCUUUAACUUUUGAAGAGCAAAUGGCUUUCUUACAAAUGGAGCCAAGGUUCGACUCUUUCAAAAUAAAACUAAUUUUCUCAGCCAGUUUUCCUUAGAAAGUCCUCCAUGAAGGCAUUCCUCCCCUUAAGCAGAUAUCCUUAGUUCGCUUUGCCAUUAUCUAACAAACUAAAGCCAAAACUUAGUUGUGUUCAGAUGGGUAUUGAUGAGUUGACUCAAUUUAAUAUAGUGAUAUAGAGAAUUUUAAAGGAAAGACUGACCCAAAAUUGGAGAAAUAAUGUACAUAUGAAAAGGUCUGAGUUGUGAUAUAUGAAAAAUGCCAUUACUUUUAGUGAAGCAUCUGAAAGUCCAGGUCCUAAUAAUUACAAAAGUUAUAAGCCAUAGUUAGAUGAAAUUGCUCAAAGCAAAAUUUGACUUCUUUUGUAAAUAGCGUGGCAUGCUGUAUUAUAUUUUCUUUAAAAAAUAUAGUAAGUGUAAUGAUGUACAGAGCAGAUGAUUAAAAAUCAAUAAUAAAAAGUCAAUAUUAUCAA